CUUUGUGUCUUUUGUUCAUGCCUGCCUCUACUGCCCAUGGCGAAAAUCAAUCGGUCAAAGAUGGCUUCAUCCAGAACCCACAAGCGACAUCAUCUUCCCCGCGAAAUCAGAAGGAUUGAUGGUGGCUAAUCAACCACGCGGCGACCUCAUUAACCUCUGCCCGUUAAACCACUCUUGUUGGCCCUACCAAGUCGUGUUCUUAUCGAGAUUCGUGCCAUUCACAGCUUCAGCAACUUCAACGUUGCCAUCGCAACCGACCGACAGAAACCACGAUACUGACGAUUACCAUGGCCGCCGACGGAUCCAUCACCGAUCCCCUGCUCGUUACGGUUCUUGACACGUCGAGAGCCGCGCGCGAGCAAGCCGUGGUUCUCAUUGAUCGCAUCCAAGAAGCGCUUGAUGCUGCAGGCAACGGGCCUCUACCUUUGGAAGCCCAGGCGGAAAUCUCAAAGCAACAGAAACUGCUCAACACCAAUAUCGCCCAGCUCCGCGGUCUACACCGGUCUGCUCAUUUCAAGGCGCGUGAGACGAAAGGUCAAACAGCAGAGGUACGCCACGAGGUCGACGUGCUCCAUCUUCAACUACAAAAUCUCUACUACGAACAAAGACAUCUGGAGGGAGAAAUCGCAGCUUGCGAGUCCUUUGAGCAUACCUAUCAAAAGCUUCCUCUGAUUCCUGUCGAGGAGUUCCUAGCUCUACAUCCCGAGCAUGCUGAUGAUGAUGAAAAUGACCUCAUGGUGGCGCGCAUCAAUCAUGAGAGAACCGAGCGAGAAGCGCUUGAGCAGCAAAGGGUCGAGUUGCAGAAGCGCAAACAGAAACUGAUUGCCGAUAACAAAAAGCGACGCGACGAUCUGGCCAAUCUGGACAAGGAUUUGGAGAAAUUCAUUGAUGCCGCGAAACCCAUUCAAAAGCUCUUCGAAAAGGUUGUGUGAGGCGGCAAUCCAUCAUGCAUUGCACCUCACUGCUGUGCACGAGUUACAUGGCUGUUUCACUCAGCAUCUCCUUGCCAUUCGCAGGAUAUGCGUGACACACCGAGGUUUAUACCCGCAAAGACGCCUUCAAAGCAGCUAAAACUCGCUAAAAACCGCCACACAAGACGAUGGCCAUCGAGUAUUGCAUGAGAUGCAAGCUCUAGUGUUUAACGCCAGAUCCGCAUUGCCACAAGGUUGCCAGCCUUACUAUGGUUUGUUCCUCGCCCGCCAGUUUCGAGGGAGAAACAUGGCUGGGUUGUUUGUUGGGACUGGGCACGCCUUGAGUCUAAGAUAUGACUAGGCCUGAUGUUGCCAUGGAGAUUGCCCGUUCGGUAGGCCCUUCUAUCAAUGUCGAAGAAGGAUGUCUUCUGAAAGGUUACGUCGACAUUGAAAUCGUGCUUACACAAAAUGAUGAAGCUCAUACUUGUCAAUCCUGUCGUCAGGGAAAAUAUGGAGUAAAGCCACGACGGUCAUCGCACCGGUGCUCGCUAUCCUUGCGAGCUACGUGGAUUAUGGGAGGAAUGGACAAGAAGCGCGCCCAUCAUUAUAAGCGCGCCGGUGCAGGUAUCGAUAAGGUUCCAACUGCAAGGAUAUGGUCGGGUACAGUGGAACAUAACAUCUGGAUGAUGUCUGCACCGUGAGCUGGGUUUCAGUCUGGUAUGCGGAAUCAAGCGGAAGAGGACAGGAACUGGACUGAACUUUGCCUAUAUACAAUUCGGUUUACAACAUGACGCUUGACCCAUAUGAGAGAUUUGUUCUCGAACUCCCCAUUGAAUUUUAUCCCCUCUAAUCUUCCAGGGCUGUGAUCUUUACCAGUACCUGCAUAUAUAGUUUGACAACCGCUUUACGCGCUAUAACAUGGUUUCUGCAAGCUCGCGAUUUCUU